AUGUCCAAAGUUCUAAUCGUCUUCCUCCUCUGUAUGAUCCUAUCUGUAUAUGGACAAUGGUUCUUCAGCCCUUUCAACUUCAACUUCCAACAACCUACGACAGCAGCUCCAUCUCCUCCUUCUUAUGUAGAUCAUUAUAAGAGACAUGGAUAUGACACUGACGACAAGGGAAAUGUUUGGCUGGGAAAUGAUCACGCUAAACUCUUAUUGAUAGCCAGAUCAUCAUAUCCUUAG